CCAAGAUGUCAGCGCCCACGAUACCAAAACAUCACAUACGAAAGGAAGUUUGUGACGCUCGCCCUGCAUAUCGCGAAGGCCGACGGGCAAAAGCAGUAAAGGUUUAUACUGUCAACCAGGAGUCCAGGUAUCUGCUUGUUCAAGGAGUCCCAGCUGUGGGAGGCUGUGCGGAGCUGGUCAAGUUGUUUGCAGUAUAUGGUGCAAUAGAAGAAUACAGGAUCCUUGAUGAAUACCCUGCUGAGGAGUUCACAGAGGUCUACUUAUUCAAAUUCUUGAAGAUCCAGUCAGCAAGAUUUGCGAAGAGGAAGAUCGAUGACUACUCUUUCUUCGGGGGAGUGCUCCACGUGUGUUACGCUCCGGAGUAUGAAUCUGUAGAAGACACCCGGGAGAAGCUACAGGACAGAAGGAAAGUCAUCGCUGCCAAACUCAGACAGCAUGGAUCGAGUUCAGCACCUGUGUCUGACAGAACCAGCAAUGAAGAAAAUAACCUUUAUGAUGAAAGACAGCCAAGUACUUCCCAGCCAACUCACUCCAAGGGCACACCACAGAUGGUGGACAGUCAGAGGGUGCCUUCUAUCCAUCCAACCUCUGCAGAGCCUUCUAUCCAUCCAGCUUCUACAGCCCCACAUGCACACAGUGUCAACAGAUCCCAACCAGCCUAUCAAGGGGCAGGGUUCGAGUCAUCAAAACACAAAGGGGGAGAUAACUCUGUACCUUUUGAGAAACUGUGGUUACCUCCCCCUCCUGUGAAUAGGGGGCCUAUGGGAUUCAGGCCACCUGUUCACAACAGAUAUGAAUACGCCUGGGUUCAAAGCUCCCAUGCUACCCUACCAAGUAAUUACGAUGGUAGAAUUGACCAAUCAGCAACUCUUGCAUGGUCACAUGACCCUGAGGUGGUUCAGGGGCCAAAAAGUAAUCCAAAGAUGGACAGAUUUGAACAAGAGACAAAGGAGGAUAAUGGAGAGUCCAAAAGGAAAGAAGUGGAUAUGCCCAAAACAGGUGAAAAGGUAGUGAGUGGCUUGAUAGUUAGAGAAUAUAAGAAAGCUGGCAAAGUUCCGAAGUUUGUUCCAAGACAGGCGCUGAAAAAAGCUGGUGUUAAAGAUGGUGAAUCACCAAAACCCAAGACUGAGAAUGAUGCUUUGAACAAGCAGAUCCGCGUCAAUGCGUUUACUCUGGCCGACACACAGGGGCCAGCUAUGCCAGGGAACGGUGAUCAGAAAGUCAACGUACAUCCUGGUGCUCAGAAAGCUGUCAAUCAAACUGUGAAAGAAAUCCGCAAGCGUAUCUCAAAGUUCAUAUCGGAAAAAGUUCCACAACAGAAAAAGGCUAAAGAAAGCUGACAGGAGAUGGCAUCAUUCCUGAUCUGUAAAGGAAAGUGAAACAUGGUCUUAUCAGUCAUAAGUCCUGUGUUCGAUUCUCGCACAUGGGAACUAUUGUUGGUGUUCCCCCAGUGACAAGGCUGGAAUACUGCUGAAAGCAACAUGAAGGUCAACUCACAAACUCAAAGAAGAACUCAAAGGAGAAUAUUGAAUUAACAAACUGGACUCAGUAAUCAAGAGGCUUCUUGAAACUGGAAGAGAGAAUGUUUCAAUACUUUUAGCACAUCAGGCAGGUUGCAAUCCAGUUCUUUCAGAUUUGACUUCCUGGAAGUAAGUAGAGCAUCUGCCCAGAGAGCGGAAGGUCAGUUUGUGGGUUGAUGUAUCAUAAGACGUCAAAAGAUGGUACUUGUUACCCUGCCUGGUGCUCGGCAUUAAGGGGAUAGAUAAAACAAGGACUGGUUGGCUUGGAGUUUGUUCCCUGCUUGGAAGGGUUGCUUAUCUUGCAGUCAUCAGUCAACUCUUGUUCAGGGUAAAUCCAGGUACUGAGACAAAGCAUCUAUUUAUCCAGUUUGUCACUUGUCCAACAAGGUUAUUUCCAAAUUAAUUUUAUUGAUUACGUCUCGUGAACACUAUAUCAUGCUAUAUAUACACAAAGGUAUCAUCUCUUGUCAAAUGAUUAAUUCGCCUUCAUUAAUGACUCUGUGGACAAGGGAAAUUUCCUUCAUAUAAGUGUUUUCCGCUUCCCCAAUUCUGGUUUUCUGAUUUCAAAUGAAGAUAUUGGUGUUGUCAGAACCAAAGAAGGAAGGUAUCCUCCUGUUCCUUUGUGACAAGCUACGACUAGAUUCUGUCCUGUUUCCUGGCCACAGACCAAACAUUCUCAUAUGAUCUCCACACAUCUUUACAGCCCAUCCAUGAACAGAUGACGGUGGUGUCUUCUUUGCAGUCUAGUCAAAACUACUUCCAGAAAUACACAAAGAAUGAUGGAUUGUUACGAAGACUGCCAUGACAUGGCUUGCUUUGGUGUGACACUGUGCAAACUUGCAUCCCAUCAUAUGUUGGAGGGUUCGAAUCACAUAUUUGCCCUGAUAAUGGUUGUUGAUUUGUCAGCAUGAUACACAUCCAGAUGUUUAGCUCACCUGGCUGUCAAGACAGUAAGCAUUAAGAAUAUGGAUGAGUUCCCUUUAUGCUUAUGGGAAAUAAAAAACUAAAAAUGU